GGUCCAAAUGGAGAUGGCAUGUUGGGAUGACAACAUAUCCUUCUACUCUCUCAUUGUGAUGGCCAUCGUAAGAAUAACCUUCAUCGGGAGCGCCGGUGUCCACCUCACCACUCACCUCCCUCCUUUGUCUGUCCUGAGGCAGAGCCUGAACCCAUGGAGGUAGAGGCCACACACCUCUCCGCGGCAGAGAGGCAUUGCCGGAGACAGCUGCGGCUCUGUCCCUAUUUCGUCCAGGAGGGGCACCAGCUUCAGUGGUGUCCGGUGCAUCCUAACCCGGGGUCCACUAGAGCAGAGGGGCAGCCCCGUGACCUUCCGUCUCCCAGGGUAUGCGUGUGUAUUCCAUUAUCAUUAUUUUCCACCAAACCCUUUCUGGUUCCAGUUUCACAGGCUAGCUGUCCCUCAAGUGUUGUCUCUACAGCUCUAGUGGACUCAGGUGCCGCAGGGAACUUUAUUGACCAGACCCUCGCCUCCUCCCUGAACUUAACAUCAUACCCGCUCUCCACACCUUUUCCUGUCCAAACCAUGGAUAUGUGACCUUUGGGAUCUGGCACAAUUACGCACAUCACAGCACCACUCACCCUCACUGUAGGACCCAAUCACCAGGAAAAGCAUUAUCACCGCACAUGUACACAAAGUCAACCUCUGCCUCCCGUGGCUCCAAUUUCAUAAACUCCUAGUCAAAGAUGAUAAUCACCGCCUGGGGACCAGGAUGCCAGAUUGCCUGCUUUCCUGCACCCUGUGGUUCCACAUCGUUGGAGGGUCAAGUGAGUGUCCUCCAGCCCAUCAAUCAGUCCUCCUGUAUCGUUGGCCCAUGUUUUGGGACAUAGAUGUGGACAUCCACCAAGCUCUGGAAAAGGAACCCGCUCCUGCCACCUGCCCUUCAGAGCACAUCUAUGUCCCCAUAGGGGUCGACCUGGGCACACACAUCCCUUGCUGCUGGACACCUAUGGUAUCACCCGCAUCAUCCAAUCCAUCUCCGAUAAAUGCUGGUGUCCCACCACGGCGCAAAUCUCCCCGGCACGCUCCAGCAGGGAAACUACUUUGCCUUCCCAUGCCUCAGCGGCCUUGGUCACAUCUGUCCAUAGACUUUGUAACGGAUCUCACACUUUGAUGGUUUUACCACUAUUCUGGUUGUUGUUGACAGAUUUUCUGUUACGAGAAUUAUGUUCUCAAUGUUCAUUUACCAAUUCAAUUCAACUACUCAGUCUGCUAUAUCAGGAUUUGUAGGAUACUGAUAGAAAUGAAAACAGACAGAGGCCCAGUCCACAAUAGUCAAAUGUUUAUUCACAGGAACAUUCUAAAGUCAGGAAUGCAAAACAAUUCAUUUUAUACUGGCUUCUCACACACACACAUUCACACCACCAUACGCACACAAUGUCCUGCUACGCACACACAUUCACACUAACCAGCCGAUAGAGAUUAGGGGGACCUUGGCCUUGAGACGUACUCCCCGUUCCCUCCCAAAUAUCUAGUCAGGUCGGCACCGAGCUCAGACCGUCUGUCUUUAAAAUACCAUAAAGAUAAACAUGAGCUAUAUUGUUUUACCCUAAUUCUGACUAGGACUACACAUUUGAAUCCUACAGACGAAGAACCAUAUAUGUGAUAUUUAAAUAAAAAAGAGAUAUACAUGAAAAAUCAUUAUUGGACACCCUUUUUCUAUAGUGAACCGGUUUCACAAGCUUUCCACGUGGUAAUUAACAAUAAUGUUAAAUGUAAAGAUAGGCUCUCGUGGAAUAACCGUUUAUGUGCACCACUCAGAAUGGACGGACAAGCGCACAACCUUUCUGUUGCUGAUGAAAAUCGCAGAAAUGUGGGAAAGAAAUGUAAAACAAAACUAAAAGAAUGGAAAGACAGGCAAAGGAAGAUCUUAAGGGAUGCAGGAAAACCCUAUACAAAUCGUAAGGGUUAAGAAAACCCUUUACAAAUCGUAAGGGUUAAGAAAACGCUAUACAAAUCGUAAGGGUUAAGAAAACCCUUUACAAAUCGUAAGGGUUAAGAAAACGCUAUACAAAUCGUAAGGGUUAAGAAAACCCUAUACAAAUCGUAAGGGUCAAGAAAACCCUAUACAAAUCGUAAGGGUUAAGAAAACCCUAUACAAAUCGUAAGGGUUAAGAAAACCCUAUACAAAUCGUAAGGGUUAAGAAAAAACUGGGAAAAGCUGUCCAAAAGAGGUAUGUGGAAGAACCGUAUAUCAAACAAUCAAGCUAGCUAGCUAUAGAGUACAGUAACUAACAUGUAUGUUCUGGGUUGUCUAAUUUGUAACUAUAGAGAAAACAUAUUAGCUAAAGUUCGUUGGCUACUAACUCAUACAUUAUCGUUACAAAUGUUAUUGCUAGAUUAUAGAAGAAACAUAGCUAGCUACUUUUUCUCCAUCCACCGGAUGAUUCGACAUGGCUACAGUAGCUAGCUAGUUGCACUGUAUCCUGCAGGGAAGAGCGUGUUCCACGACGUGCAGAAAGGAUUGUGGAAAGUUGACUGAUGAACGCAAGCUGCAUCUGUUCAACAGUUUCUACACUGUCCCUUACGAGAAGCAACAAGCGUUGAUUCUCUCCGGCUUAGAACAGGUUAGAAAUAAGACAAAACGCCUAUUAUUAUAAUAGGUAUAUUGAACACUUGCAUAGUUUAACUUUGACAGUAAUGAUAUGUACAUUAACGUUAACUCUAAAAGUGCUGUGUUACACAAUGGUGCAAUAAACUCAUUGUGUGUAUAGGUUGGGAGUGUGUGAAAGAUGGAGGUCCUGAUCAAGCAAUAUCCUGAAUGUGCUACAGUAUAUUAAAUUCUGAAUUCAUCAUUGUCAAUUUUUAUUGCAGCAUGAGGUGAAACGGAGACGUAAACCUGAGGAUACAAAGGAGAACAAACGACGGAAACAAACCUUCAAAUACCAUGUACAGCAAGCAGGCCAGAGAUUGAAUGUGUGCAAGGUUACUUUCAUGUCUGUGUUCCAGCUAACCAACGGCCGUCUUCAGGCAAGUGAAAAUAUGAAUGAAUGUCUAUAUGAAUAUCAAUUACAAACAUAUUGUAUUCUCUGUACUAGUUUUUAAUAACCUGCUAAUUGAAAUGUAAUUGUUUUGGUCAGGUUAUUCAGGAAAAGUUAGCUGAGGCAGGUGAGGUUCCAGGGUCUCCAGAUCAGGCUACUGAGGCUAGGUCUCCUUUAGAAGAUGGAAGAGGGAAGCAUAGCAAUAGGUAAUGCGCUAUGGAUUCCAGCCUGGAUUAUUUCACUAUAGCAGUGCUCGAAUGGAUGAAUAGCGAAUUCUGAAACAAAAAUAUAAAAAUGUUUAUUACUUUUAAACAAAAUGAUGGUAACUAAGCUGUCUAACUACCACCUGAGCAUUGAGGACUGAGUGCCGAUUACCUUCCACCUCCCACCGGACAGCAUUGGCCUAAUUCUCGCCGCCCUACAGGACCCCCGGCCACAAACGGCAAUGGCGUGACAGGGAUUUGUACCCCGGUUAUAGCGACACAGUUGCACUCUAAGGCAGGUCCCUAGACCAUUGAGAGAAUACAAGUUUAACAACACCUUGUUGUCUCCUUACAGGCCACAUUGGAUACAUGCUACAGUGAAAGAGGGCAUCAAGGAGCACAUUCUAUCUUUCCCAAGAACCCAGAACCACUACUCUCGGAUGAAGGGGGAUGUACACAGAGAAUACCUCAGCCCUGAUCUGAAUUUGUUGCGAAUGUACCGACUCUACAAAGAGAAGAAUACCACAUCAUCUGCAAAAUUCUGGGUUUAUAGGGACAUUUUCAAACAGCAGAGUCUCAAUUUCGGCCAACCCAGGAGUGACACCUGUGGCAAAUGUGAUGUAUUCUUCACUAAGAUGUCAGCAACAACAUCUGAAGAGGAGAAGGGGAAGAUUGCAGUUGAAAGUGAGUUGCACCGUCGAAAAGCAGAGAAGGCCUACACACAGCUUCAAAGUGACACUGAGUGGGCUAAAGCCAAUGCUGACUGCCAUGUCAUUUCGGUGGAUCUACAGGGGGUGAUGUACACCCCUAAUCUGACCCACUCCAAUGUCUACUACCAGCUGUCAAAUUUCAACUUUUGCAUCCAGGAACUUGGAAAAGAAGAUCCUGCAUACAUGUGUGUUUGGCAUGAGGGGAUUGCACACCAAGGGUCCAUUGAGGUGGCAAGCUGCAUAAUGAAGUGGGUGAAGACAAAAUUCACGCCACUCACCAAACCAGAGGUGCGCAAGUUGAUCAUCUUCAGUGACAGAUGCUGUGGGCAGAAUAACAACUGGCGGAUGCUCAAUCUGAUGUCGAUGCUCGUCUCUAUGGGUUACUUUACCCAAGUUGAGCAGAAGUUCAUGGUCUCUGGUCAUUCUUUUCUUCCUUGUGAUGGAUCUUUUGCCACCAUCGAGAAGAGGCGCAAGGGGUCAGUCCUUCAUACACCUGAUGAUGUUUCAAAGAUGAUACUUGAAGCACAACCAGCAAAACCAUUCAAGGUGAUGAGGAUCCAAUGUGAAGACUUCAGGCACCUCCCAGAUUCUGUCCUCAAGCGACCAGCUGGACUACAGAUCACCUCAGUGAGGUGGUUAAAAGUCACAUGUAUUGCACAGAGAAUAGUUUACUAACAUACCAUCAACAGUUGAGGAUCCUUGGAAUCUGUACACCAGACAGAGCCACAGUCUAUUUGAGGGAUGGAAAUCGUGGCUGAUCUCCAAACCAAAACAAGGAGCUACACCUCAACCUCCCUAUUUUGCAAGCCACUACCCUAGAACAUAUGAGAGUCCUCUGCCCAUCAAAAAAAAACAAGUACCAAGAUCUGAUGACCAUGCUCAACUACAUGCCAGCUGCUGCAAGCUCUUUUUAUGAAUCACUGCAGAGUGAAUAAUUUGUUGUUAAACCAAGCAACAUAAUGAACCGUUUUUUCUGUGAGUUUAUGAUCCCCUGAACCUGUAUAGUAUGUUGAAUCUGAAUACAUUUCAGAAGACAUGUCACCCCUAUUGUAGGAAAUGUAAUGUAUCGUAGGUGUUUUCUUUGUGAAUCAAUUUGUGUAUGAUUUGAACCAGCACAAUAUAUUGAAUUAAUUUAAUUUUAAGAUGAUGUUCCUAGUGUAGAAAAUUUUAUGUAAAAUUUGUUCUGUUGAUAAUUAUUUUGUGUGUGAUCAUUUGAACCUUUUUUAAUCUGAAUGAAUUAAAAACAAAUAAGUC